CCCAUAACCUUGGAUGAUGAGGGGAAUAGAAAGUGUGUGUGUGUGUGUGUGUGUGUGGUAAUGAGAGAGUGGGUGGGUGCAGAAAAAAGGAAGUGGCAGAGAAGAAGAAGAUCGAAGUAAAAGACAAGACGACAGAAAGCAACAGAUGAGAGAAAAGGAGGAAGAGACGAGGACUCAAGCCAAGACGACAAAGACGAGAAAGAGGAGGACGAGAGGGAGGGAGACAAACACAACAAGGUGAAAGUCAGAAGGAGCUCCAGACUGAGAGGACGACUCACACCUCCCUGAAUCACACAAACACACAACAUCAUGGCUGACGAAUGACUGGACGCUGUUGACCAACUCUAACACAUAAAAACACACACAAACAAACACACCAUGAGUAUGUCGUCAGUGGGCUCAGCCCCCCCUCCUGCUGAUGAUGCGACCACGCCCCCACCAAUGGCCACACCUCCUCGCAAAGCCUCCAUCCGCCUGCAGGAAAGGCGGGGCUCAAACCUCUCGUUGUUAUUGGAUGUGAGCAGUCUGGGGGCGGAGCCCGUGUGCUCCGUCUCUACUCCGAAGGAGGUGUGGCUUCAGCUGCUUCACACAUCGUCACGACCUCUCACACACUUGAUGCUGCAGCAGGCUGCCGAGGACACAAACACUCUGAAUGCAGAGUAUCAGAAGAUCCCCCCGAACUUUGUGAGUGCCGCAGAGCUCGAUGUUCCAGGACACAUGAUCAAAGACAGAUACAAAACCAUCCUGCCCAACCCUGAGAGCCGGGUGGUCCUGAGGAGCCCAGAGGAAGAGUCGGGGCCAGACCGCUACAUCAACGCCAACUACAUCAGGGGUUACAGAGGAGCUCCAAGGGCCUACAUCGCCACCCAGGGGCCGAUGCUGCACACUGUUGGGGACUUCUGGGACAUGGUGUGGCAGGAGAGGAGCAGCAUCAUCGUCAUGGUAACCAGACUGAAGGAGAACAACGAGAAGUGUGAGCUGUACUGGCCCCAGCUGAGGGAGAGGAGGAGGAGGAGCAGGCUGAAGGAGGAGGAGGAGGAAAAGGAGGAGGAGGAGGAAGAGGAGAAGGAGGAUGAAGAAGGAGAGACGGGACAAUUCGGCAGAUUCCUCCUUACAGUGAAAGACAGCCGAGAGAAAGACGGUUUCACCGUCACUGACAUGGAGAUCCAGCUAUGUUCUGAGCGUCGUCCUAUCAGACACUACUGGUUUACUUCUUGGCCUGACCACCACAUCCCACAAUGCACUGCUCCUCUUCUGAGAAUGGUGGAGGAGGUGGAGACAUACAGCAAGUCCUUCCUACCACUCGGCUCUCAGCCAAUCACAGCUCCCGCCCUCAGUCCUGGACCAAUCGUUGUCCACUGCAGUGCAGGUAUUGGGAGGACAGGUUGUUUCAUUGUCAGCAGUAUUGGCGUUCAGCAGCUCAGAGACACUGGACAGGUGGACAUCCUGGAGACAGUUUGUCAGCUUCGACUGGACAGGGGUGGAAUGAUCCAGACCACAGAGCAGUACCAGUUCCUGUAUUCCACCCUGUCCCAGUACAGCUCCCAGUUACAGGAGCAGAACCAGCAGAACCAGAACCAGCAGAACACAGAGGACCAGGUCAGCAGACAGCUACAAAACCUGCAGCUGUCAGAACAGGAAGGACUGAGACCACACAGAACCUGAAGAACCAAAAGGCCAGGGACACACCAGGGAUAUUCAGGAAGACAUAACAAGGAUUAUCACCAGAAUCAGGAAGAUGGAAACACGAUAACCUAAAGACGUCAAAUGGACUUCAGGAUCAGAACCACCAGAACCCAAAGACCUGGUGGACUCACAGUUUGGGAAAGCAGCAGCAGUGUUACAGUCACACAGGAACCCCAAAACACUUUUGUUCCAGUUCAAUGAGAUCCCCAAGAACCCAGACCACCAGAAUCACACUGGACUGAACCAUGUAGGAAAAACAACCGAUGGAAUAAUGUCUUUGAUAAAAAUUAAAAUCUGAUGAAUUCAAAUAAAAAUUAAAGAUGAAUUUGCUUUAAUGUUUCA